UCUAGGUUAGCAGCGAAUUUGACAUAAAUUCAUUCUACUUUUUUAAUAAUAUCAGAAUAUGGAUGAUGACAAUAAUGAUGACAUUAUAUAUGCUGAGGAUGUACUUGAAGAAGUAACAUUAGGAGACAACAAUGAAGAAGUUCUUGCAGAUGGAAUCGAAGAGACAACCCUAGAUGAUUAUGAUGCGGACGUUGAUUAUGACGACGAUGACAAUGAUGACGAUCAGGAAAAUAUUGAUGAAAAAUGUGUGGUGAUAUUCAAAAAACAUAACGAGCCAGUUUUUGUUGUCGAUGUAGAUAAAAGCAGUUCUAUUGUGGUGAGCGGUGGUGAAGAUGAAAUUGCAUAUGUAUGGACGUUGGACGACGGUGAAAUUUUAUUUACGUGUGUUGACCAUAAAGACAGUGUAACUUGUGCUCAAUUUAAUGCAGAUUCGUCACUUCUUGCUACAGGAGAUAUGAGUGGUGUGAUACAAGUUUGGAGUAUCGCAUCUAAAUCUUCAAUAUGGAAAUUCGAAACUUCCGAUUUGGAGUGGAUUAAAUGGCAUCCCGUCGCUCCAAUACUUUUAGCUGGUACAAAUGAUGGUCAAUGUUGGAUGUGGCAAAUUCCUAAAGAUAAUUGUAAAACGUUUGCCAGCCAUGGUGUAUCGACCACAUCUGGUUGUUUUUUACCAGAUGGUAAAACAGCUGUGAUUGGAUACGGGGAUGGCACUGUGAAAGGAAUAGAUUUAAAAACAACAAAUAUUAUUUUUAACACCAAGGGUAAGGAUGCGCAUACCGCUGGAAUAUCAGACCUUAACAUCAGCGCAGAUGGAACUCUAAUCGGCACUGCUUCAGUAGAUGGAACAUGUAAAUUGAGUAGCACAAGUACAGGAAAAGUUUCAGCUACUUAUAAUUGUAAUAAUAAUAAAACUGAAAACAAGGAAAAUAUUGAUGAAGAAAGCGAUAUUGAAAGUGUUGAAUGCGUUGCGUUUUCUCUAAAAUUACAUCUAUUAGCUACAGGAUGUUUGAAUGGGUAUCUUCAUAUAUGGGAUUAUAAAACUGGACUAUUAAGGCAUUCUUGUAAACACGAACAAGGCGUCACAAAAUUAUGUUGGGAACCAUCAAGUCGAGGUGGUUUUGUUGUAUAUACUGGUUGUUUGGAUAACAAGUGCAGAUCAUGGGAUGCAAGAACUGGUCAACUCAUUGAUACAUUUACUGGUCACAAAGGACAUAUUUAUGAUAUUAAAAUUUCGUCUAAUGGUGAAAAAUUAAUUUCUUCUUCUGAAGAUGGGACUGUGAGGGUGUUUAAAGCAAAGUAAAAUUUAAGCCAUGAUCAGAUUAGGAAACAUUAUGUACAUAUGCAAAAAUGAAUAAUGUUUUGAGAAAAAUAAUAUUCUUGAAUGUUUACUAAAAUAUUUCACUUUUAAUAGGGGAAAUUUUAAAAAUCAAUUUACAGUCAGAGACUAUUCCUUUACUUCACUUAUUCCCAAACUUGGAAAGUAUAAUUUAUCUUCAAAAUUUCUUCUAUUAUCCGUUUUAAAAAUACCUUACAACUACUAAGGCAAAAAUCAUCUCGGAAUAAAGAACUUCGAUGUAGUAUUGUGGAAGUAGAUGCCUAAAAUUGAUUACCGUACGUUGUGUUUAAUAGCACAUAUCAGGUCAAAGCCAGUUCAAAUUUACCCCCGAAAUUUAAAAGAGCAUUUUCUAGAUUGGUAUUGUAUUUUGUAGUCUUUGGAAACAUUAUAUUGAACAUAUAUUUGGUUUGAAUGUCAGAUGUCCUCUAGUUGCUAUCUUCAUUAACAAUAAUGUGUUAAAUUGAGUACAAUUAUCUGCUGCAAUUGGUGUUACUUUGGCUAAAAUAAUGGGGUUAUCACAGCUGUUUAUUUGAUAUUUUGUGCUGAGAGUAAUGCCUAAUUAUGUAAUUGAUAAUUUCAUCUAUUUUUAAAAACAGUUGAGGGUUUUAUCAUGGUGUUUUCCUAAUCAAAUUGCUAUCUAUAAUAAAUAUAAUAAACUUAUUUGUUUUAGAAAAA